GGCGCCGCGCCAUGUCCAUCAAGGCAUCGAACCAACCACUGCGUCGCUCCCGGCGGCGUCUAUUCCCCCAACGCUCGCCCAGUCGCCCGUUGCUCCCCUACCAAAAUCCGUCGAUCCUGGCGGCGAUUCAAGAGAGACCCGGACCGAGGCUCUCCGGCGGGUGGAUGGAGUUCACGGCGAUGAAGCGGAGGGAACUGUUGGACCUCUGCCGGCAGCACGGCCUCGCCACCCGCGGCUCCAAAGCCGACCUUGCCGCUAGCCUCGCGGGUGCAAUCUCGGGUGCAGCUGCUGCAGAGAGUGUGGUUGAGGUGGUGGUUGGGAAGGGGUGUCUGAAGCGGCUAGGAGGUAGCACUAGUGGUGGUACUUCCGGUGCUGCCAAGAAGGUGCGAUUUGCAUUGGACGAAGAGUCAGAGGAGAGGGCAAGGAGAUGGAGGUCCCAGGUGAUCUUGCAGCCGGUUGUUACCAAGACAAGAGGGAGGCACAAAGCCAGGAAGAUACAUCCUGCUGCAGCAGUGAGCGGAAGAGGUUGCCGGUGGAAGCGUGAUGAUGUCGGUGGUGAUUCUGCUGAUAAAGAUGUCAUAGGAGAGGUGGGAGCAGAUGCCCCAUUGACGUGGUCCACGAUGCCAGCGGUGUGUUUAUGUGCUCAUAGUGAGGCUGAAAGUCAGAAUAAUCCUGCUGAGGCUGAGAAAGAAGGGGAGGUGUUCGAAGCAGCUAUUGAUAGGAAGUGGAAGCAGAAGACCCAUGAGAAUGCUGAGGUAAUUGCUGCCAAUGCUCAGGCUGCAGGAAACAGGUGGAGGAAGACAAGGGGUAAGCCCAAGGCUGAAGAGGCACUUCCUGAUACAGUGGUGAGUGCAGAUGCUCCAGUGACUCAGUCGAGGAAAGAGGCAAUGGAUCUGUGCCCUGAAAGUGGAGUUGAAUGUCAGAAUAAUCCUGUUGAGGCUGAGGAAGAAGGGCUGGUGGUGGGAACAGCUAUUGAUUGUAGGAAGCAGAAGCGGAAGCGGAAGGCCCAGGAGAAUGCCAAGGGUAUUGCUGCCAAUGCUCAGGGUGGAGUUUCUCAUGGAAGCACGAGGAAGUCAAGCUUGUCUACAGCUGCUGUUCUGUUGUCUGCUGUUGUUGAGAAUAAGAGACGGAGGAAAUUAGGGAAUGAUAAGGAUGAAAGUGGUGAUGAGGAGCAGACUGCUCAAGUUCAAGAUUUGGCCACUGUAGUGUCACCAGUUGACAUAGAAAAUGAAAGAAGUAGGAGGAACAGUGAAGAUUGUGUUCCUGCUGUGCAGAAAUCUGGCAGGACCACAAGAUCACACUCAGUAGCAGCUGCUGCGAUAUUGCCCAUAGUCAAUGGAAACAAGGUGUGGAAGGCAGAACAUGUGCUCCCAGAUGGAGACCUACCUGCAAAUUCGGAGGUUCCUCGAAAUGAUGCUCCUGUUACCAGGUCAUUGAGGAACAGAAUUGUUCAGGUUUACACCACUGUGGUAGAAGAAACACAUGUUGGUGAGAAGCUUGAAGACAAGAGGAAGAGAGGUAGACCGUCUACUCGCAGGCAUCAGCAGCUUGUGUCUUGUUGUAAAGGAAGAACAAGUUGCUGCUCCCUGUGAUCUCCCUCCACUAAAGCAAUUGACAAGAAACCAUCAUGAGGGUGAUGAAUUGUUAAGUAAUGCAAAUUUAGAGACCAACAAGCUAUGUAGACUACCAGUGGCCAAGGACUUGAAGAUAGAUCGCCCAUUGACAUUUAGUACCGCUAAUACCAGUGUGGAAGAUUUUGUGGUGAAGGCAGAAAAAGAGCUGGGUUUCACAAAGAGGAGCAGCGGUGAUAAGAGAAAAAAUGCUGGUGGAGUUUCAUUCUCUGGUGACAGUGGUAGUAAGGCUCCAGCUGCAAAAAUGGAAUUAGGAGUGCUUGAUGAAAGAACCACAUGCAUGAAUAAAAGUGUUAAUGGUGAGGAGUUUCAAAGUGCCAAGGUGGAGAUGUGGGUAAGCAGGCAGCAGUAAGACCGACUCCAGCGGACUUCCCAUCCCGUCCCCGCCGCGGUAAAUGGGACGCUGGGCGCACUGUUCACGCGCCCAGCGGAUUGCCCAUUGCGUCUCGGAAAAACGGGGUACCUCCCUCCCGUCCCGCAGAUCCGCGCGACCCCCCCCCCCCCCCAGCCUCCCAUCCCAACUGUCGCUCCCGUCCUCCCCUUCUCCCUCUCUGGUGCAUCUCGGGCGGACGGAGGCGUGCUUCUGCUGCGCCGUUCCUCGCCGGCGCCUAGGUUGCAUCGGACCACCACCGCCAGAUCUGCUGUUCUCGGGCGGACGGAGCACCGCCACCACCACCACUGGCGCGGACGGAGAUCCGGCGCGGACGGACCACCCCCACCGCUUCUCGGGCGGACGGAGAAGCAGCUGCAAGAGCCGGCGGCGCACGAGGUCUUCUUCACCCCCCAGCGCUGAAUCUUCCACUGCUCCGGCACCAUCUGCAGCAGGUGCUCCUCGAUCUCAUCUCCCGCUGGUAUGGCUCCACCUCCAUUGCCGAUGCAUCGCGGUCUGGAUUAAUCUUGUUGGCGUAGCAUGUUUCAUGACAAGUUUGGGAGUUGUUCGUGUGCCAUUCGUGUUGUCUUUGUGAAUCCCUCUUGAUGCCUGUUUAUGUUAAUGAUAUCACAGCGAUAUGGAGAACGUGUGGAAUGAACUUGAUGAUGGUAGCCAACAUGGCUUUGGUGUGGCUAGUUGCACCCCAUAUACUGAUUUGCUUGGUUGCCAAAUGACAGAGGGGCAGGACGAGGCAACUCCUCAUUGUGAUGUACAGGUUUCAAACAACGACACCACUGAGUCACCAAGCACUGGCAAACGACCCAAAAAAGCAAAGCAGGGACGGGUUUCAAAAAGCACAGCCAUUCGGUCCUCGAGCUAUACUCCUAAGGAAGAUGAGGUUAUCUGUUCAGCUUACCUGAAUGUGUCAAAAGAUCCCGUUGUCUCUGUGAAUCAGCCCAGCAAAACUUAUUGGGAGAGAAUUUGUGACUACUACAACAAGAAUCGUGGCAUUCGUGUUGUCUUUGUGAAUCCCUCUUGAUGCCUGUUUAUGUUAAUGAUAUCACAGCGAUAUGGAGAACGUGUGGAAUGAACUUGAUGAUGGUAGCCAACAUGGCUUUGGUGUGGCUAGUUGCACCCCAUAUACUGAUUUGCUUGGUUGCCAAAUGACAGAGGGGCAGGACGAGGCAACUCCUCAUUGUGAUGUACAGGUUUCAAACAACGACACCACUGAGUCACCAAGCACUGGCAAACGACCCAAAAAAGCAAAGCAGGGACGGGUUUCAAAAAGCACAGCCAUUCGGUCCUCGAGCUAUACUCCUAAGGAAGAUGAGGUUAUCUGUUCAGCUUACCUGAAUGUGUCAAAAGAUCCCGUUGUCUCUGUGAAUCAGCCCAGCAAAACUUAUUGGGAGAGAAUUUGUGACUACUACAACAAGAAUCGUGGCAUGUAUGGCCAAAGGACCAUUUCCUCCCUCCAACACAGAUGGGGUGAAAUAUCCAAAGAUACUUGCAAGUUCACUGGGUUUUAUGCAGAGAUUGAAAGGAAGAACCAAAGCGGCAAAAAUGAGGAUGAUAAGAUAAAAGAUGCGCUGCAGUUGUAUAAUGGUGUUCUUGGUCACUCUUUCAAGUUCAUUCAUUGCUGGUUCAUAUUGAGGCACGAGCAGAAAUGGCAUGAGUUUGUUGCAGAGAAGAAGCAACAUAAUAAAACAAGGCCGGAGCCCUCUGCUGAACCUGUGAGGCCAAUGGCUCCGGCAACAGAUACUCCUCAGAUCAAUGCCCAGAAUUUAGUUAGACCAAUGGGCAGGGAUAGUGCAAAGAGGUUAAGGAGUGCAAACUCAUCUGCUAGCUCUACUGGGUGUCUUGAGGUGCUGCAAAAGAUCCAUAGUGACAGGGCUAAGUAUGAAGAAAGGCAAGAGGAACAUAUCAAGGAUGAGUCGAAGGAAAUGGUAGAGAGAUACGAGAGGAAGCUGAGACUACAAGAGGAGUCCAUUAAUUUUCAGAAGGACUCCAUGAAUUUUCAGAAGGAGUUGUUGACAAAGCAGGUCUCUAUUCAAGAGAAAAUGUUGGCACUUCAAGAAAAAGAACGUGUGGAUAAAGUCAUGAUGGCUGACUUGGAUAAAUUUCCAUCAUGGGUGCGUGACUAUUAUGUCAUCGAGCAAAAAGAAAUUGCUGCCAGAAGACUACAAGCUGGUCAGCCAUCUGGUGAAAAGUGAGCUUCGGAGUGUUUGAGCUGGUCAGCCCUGUACUUGGGCUGUAUUAUUAGUGUGUGCUGAACCAUCUUUCUUGUAAUAUUUGUGUGGGCUGUAUUUGAACAAGUUCUGUUGUAUUAUUAGUGUCAUAUUUGAACAAUCUUGUAAUAUUUGAACAAGCUUUGUUGUAAUAAGAAAAAUGAGAUUCGGCGCAGCUCUUGUUGCCUCUU